AAGCAUAGACCUUGUUUACUCAUUAAAAAUAAAUAAAAUAUUCUCUCUCUUCUCACUCACCCCUUUAUAAAUAGCUGACCACAACAAGCAAUAUUCCCUCAAAAUAUUUUCCUACUCCACAACUCUUAAACUCCAUCCUUCCUCUAAUUAGCAACCUCAGUUGCCUUCCGAUCAGAAAACGUAUAUCUCGAACUCGACUCGAAAAAUAUAUCAGUUCCGCAAAAAUCGAGAAACAUGGGUGUGCAAACUCCAAACCUUAUGCGCAACAAAAAGACAUGUAGAGCUGUAGGAAUCCCGACCAUUGAUCUUUCAAUGGACAGGACUUUAGUUGCUCAACUUAUUAUCAGAGCCUGUGAAGAACAUGGGUUUUUCAGGCUCACUAACCACGGGGUGUCCAGUGAAAUUAUUUCGAGAAUUGAAGAACAAAGUUACGGGUUUUUCGCCAAGUCAGCUUCGGAAAAACAAGCAGCGGGACCUCCAACUCCGUUCGGCUAUGGUUGCAAAAGCAUUGGCUUCCAUGGAGAUAAGGGUGAGCUUGAAUAUCUCUUACUUGACGCCAAUCCUUCCUCGAUUCCUGAAUCAACCAAAGCCAUCUCCAACGACCCCGAAAAAUUCAGUUGUGUUGUUGAUGAUUAUGUGCAAGCUGUCAGGGAUCUGACAUGUGAUAUUCUUGAUCUUGUGGCGGAGGGCUUAGGGCUCGAAGACAGAGCUACGUUUAGUAGGCUCAUUGAUGAUGUUGAAAGUGAUUCUGUUUUUCGGGUCAAUCAUUAUCCUCCAUUUGAUCAGAAUCAGAAGGUUUUGAAUCCAGUUUCCAAGUUUCAAGUGCUUGAUACUAAUGUUGCAAACAAUGGAACUCCUUCUCGUGUCGGAUUUGGAGAACAUUCAGACCCUCAGAUUCUGACAAUUUUGCGAUCUAAUGAUGUUGGGGGGCUUCAGAUUUGUUCAUGUGAUGGACUCUGGAGCUCUGUUCCUCCGAAUCCUAGUGAAUUCUGUGUGCUUGUUGGUGAUACAUUUCAGGCUCUGACAAAUGAUAGGUUCAAGAGUGUGAGACAUCGAGUCAUGGCAAACUCGAACAAGCCAAGACUAUCUAUGAUGUACUUUGGUGCACCAUCCCUCAACGCGAUGGUCUCUCCCCUACCGCAGAUGGUAUCAUCCCACAGUCCUACCCUUUACAAGCCCUUCACUUGGUGUGAAUUCAAGAAAGCUGCAUUCUCUCUGCGUUUGGCUGGUCGACGUCUUGAUCAGUUCAAGUAUAGUUACAACUACAACGAUGAUAAAAUGACGGAAUGCUGAUAUUCUCUGGACCAUGGAGCUAGCUCACAUACUGGUAGACCGAUAAAAAGAUUCAUCAGAUCCCUUGGUUUUGGCCGGUUCAAGACUCAGUGGAGGCAGAAGUUUGUUUCAAGAAGUACAUGAGUUUGUGCAUAUAGGGUGAGUAGAUGGAGGGUGAUUUUGUAAUACAUUAAUGAAUAUGAGUGAUUCUUUUUAGAAUGUAGAUGAAGAGUCUGAUCAAAUUUAUAUAAGAAAAUGCUUUAUGUUGCCUAGUAAA